UGCGAGGCUCUUCCGACUUCUACCGCAAGGUCGAAGCCAAUUCCUGCAUGCGUUGAACGGGAAGAAGGGCACGGGAAGGAGACAUUGUCAUCCGUUCCCCCCAGUAGGUUGGGAAAGAAGCGAAAACAAUCUGUGGACGACGGAGGAAACGAAGCGGUUGUGAAGGGCAGAACAAUGGGGGGGUAGAACAGACGCGAAAAGUGCCAUGAGAAAACGCCCAAGCUUCGUCGGCGUCUACGCUGUCGUGCACACUGUGUGAAUCGAGAGCAAGGACCGGAGGCCAACGGGGGGCCCCUCGAAUUUACGGUUGCCGUUCCACACUUCUUCAAAUUGCAGGGACCGAGCGGGAAGUCUCAGGCAACAGAAAAAAGGCCAGGCGAUUUGGGUGGCACUGGAGAGCGAGGAAAUGGUGAUUCUUCCGACCUCAUAUACACAAGCACAUCCACGAGAGCCGUUUAUCUCGGUUGCUGGUACAGCGGGGGGGACUCAAUUACGAAUCGAUUUGCGGAUGGAGACAAGGAACGGAAAGAAUCGGGAAACAGGUGAAGGAAAAAGACAGAGGAGGUGCGGAAGAGCAGGGAAGAACGACGGGAACGGUUAUUUACCUAUCGCACCUUCGGGAUAAAAGCCCGAUACAUUAUAUGGGUCCCGUGGCUUCUGAUACUUUGAGCUCAUACUGACGGCGAUUAGGGAUGAGGCACGAGGCACCAAUUAGGAAAAAGGGUCUGAAACAACCAGGCAAGAAGAAACUGAGACGCAGAUACACCAGCUUGAUUUCGUUUCAGCAGCAUCUGCCACUCUUCGAACGUGAGAUUCGUGGACGUCGCCUCUCGUAAUCCUCCCGCAGAAAACUUGAAAAGCUUUGCCAGCACUAUCGACAGAUUCGCUCGCGCAAGCGCAACCCAGGUCGUUCAUUCCAGUCAUCUACAUCUGUUGUCGUGUACAGCUAUGGGACCCAGCAAAGGAGAGAUCUGCAGCUUGGAGACUUCUGCGACCUCACAACUAUUAUUUGUGUAUUGGCACAGCCUGCGUGCGAAUGGUAGACGAAGGUAUUCAACUUAAAGCACAUGCACAGACACACCAUGGAGAAUCUUCUCCGAACAUGUUCCAGUGUUGUGUCUGCGCUUUGUCGAGGCUCUGGCAGCCAUCCUCUUCCUUGCGGUGUCAGACUUUCAUCCGGUAGAGCUCAUGAACCUAUCUGAAGUCGAAAGAUUCCCUUCAGGCCUACCCAAAGAAAACGACAAUUGUGAGACGGUAGGAGGAGAUGGGUGCUGCUGCUGUGGUGAGAGACUCCACCACCUAACAUCCCGAUUGACCUCGCACGACUUCGCCUUUUGGGAAGGAUAGGAACCCCGGGCAGCCACGUUUCUGCUUGCGGUUAGGUACACACGUUCUUCCAAGAAAAACGCCCUCUCUAAGGACAGCUGAAUAGCGAUACUGCACACCGGGGUCCCCGAACUUGGUUGUGACACUCGACAGCCUAGAACGGAGCGGCUUCCCUGAUACGGACGUCUGUUCUAAAAGUCCCUGCUGUCGAGAAAGGCUUCUGCCGGUGCCAGAAGUCGUGUGGUCUGUACGACGGGCUUCCAUGAGGGCACAUCACCGGAUGAACAGGCCUUUCCAGGAUUUCUUAAGAGACCGUGCAGUUACACAGUCAGAGCAGAAGUUGUCGAGGAAACCGACCGCAGAAAUGAACGAUACUUUCCAUAAUGCUCGAAAGAAGAGUGACUGAAGGUAACUCGAUAGCUGAAAAAUGGGGCAUCUUAUUCAGCAUACGGGUUCGCGCACACGCUUUUCUGUCGAUCUCAUUGGUAUGGGUCCGCUCCUGCUCUCGUUUCCUUGACAUAGAACUCGUUUUUCCCACUAAACAAACAUGCACUUGCGAAUAUUACAAUUUUAGUGAAGGGUUCCUGACACCCCCCAAACCGUCGUGGUGCUCCACUGCCGCCCGACACAGAAUCCAAGCAGAGUUUGACUCAACUAUCGUUUGUCACCGCAGAACCCUGCUCCCGUUCGCCAGCUAGACUUGUCAAGGGUGAAAACUCUGCUUCUGGUAUACUGCCGCGAGGUAACUCUUUCUCAGUCAGGAGUGCAUGAAGAAAACAGAACACCCUAAUUUAAAUCGCCGGCGUGUAUGCGUCUCAUGUGGCUCUCCGGAGAGAUUCCUACUGGAAUCAGCUCGGUAAAAUGCUGACAAAAUGACUCGACCACUGUCGAUUUGAUUUCUUUGGUCCCCUCGAACAAGAGGGAAUCCUUUACAUUUUUGUUACGUUUCCAUCAGAUAAUCUGAAUCCAGCUCACGUGCCGCCUAACUUGAAAAGAACACCCGCGCCUCUGAAACAGGAUUGCUUUUUAUUUCCAACUUCGCUGGAAGACGUUUUACGUUGCUCCGCGCCUGCAACUUUGACGGAAAGGUGAGGGACGAAGAUUACUACCAGAGAGGGAAAAAAACUGUUUUAAAAAAGCCUCUCCAUUCGCUUCCGACGCUCUCUUCGUGGUCGUUAUGCCUCUUUCUCUUAAAGUGUACCUCGUCUGCGGGAACGCAUCAUGUUGAAACAAGUAAACACUGCUACUGAUUGCUCGAGUCACUUUCUCACGCAGAAAUUAACAUAGACGAAGCUGGAGGAAUUGGGGCGAAUGCCAUCUUGUCACCCCAACUGCACAGAGAUAUGAAGAGAAACAACGGUUAUGGGUUCAUCGUGGAGGGGGAGGUUCCUUUCACAUCGUUCGCCAUGUCGUUCGCCUGCUCCCGCUCCUGCAUUUCACGGUCUAGGCCUGAGUACGCUUCCAGAGGGGGGAGGGCCGGAGAAGGAGCUUAUUUGUUAGCGACACGGGGAAGAAAAAGAGCAGUUUUCUGCACGCGAGUUGAGUUGCAAAAGAGGGAAAAGGACGAAUCUAGCCAAGCGCUCUCGUUCAGGUUUAGCGUUCACUUUCCCCCUCGCAGGCCACGUUUUUGGUGGGUCAAACGGCCGCGCGAUGAGCGACACGGCGAGAUCGUUUCUCGACUUCCUUUUAAAAUCUCUUCUCUUUUGCACCGUUUUCGUUUUCGCUGCGUGAGACUCUUGUCUUUAUUCGUACCGCUCCACCUUUCCUGUCUGCCAGUGCCUUUGCUCCGCGCUUUUGAAGGACUCGGCGCCCCGUUGGAGAGAUGCAUCGACCGAGGUAGCUCUCUGGUAAUCUUUGGCCAUGUAUUCGUUGUUCUCGCUGUUUCUUUGUCUCGCGAACAAAGCUGCGAAUGCGGCUGCAUGUGACGGAAAAGAAAAGUGGAGGUGUUAGUCAGAAAGCGGCGGAGAAGGACGCGAACAACCAGGUGCCCGGCGCAAGCCGGGAGCGGCUCGGAAACGACGCAGGGAUCCAGCCGACCGCCUUUGUGAAAUCAGGAAAAACUGCGAGAACGCGUGUCAAGAGGACACGCUUCCAGGUGCUUGGCGAAAUUAAAAGGCAUGUUAGCGAAAGGUUCGAAUCCCUCGUGCUUCAACUUCCGCAUGCCUUGACUGGAACAGCCCCCCGUUGUAUCCUUAGGCAACGAUGGACUGUCGUGAACGUAGAUGUUGCAGAGAGUCGAAGAAAGCGACGAAUCCGUUCUGAGUGUCGUGCUUCGUCGGUUCCAGGUUUGUUUCUCGCCUUUCCUCUCGGACUUUUCCGACCACUUUCACUUUCCAUCUACGCAGCAGGUAGCGGUUCUGUGUAAUGGCAGGCUGCGACGCUAUAGCGGAGCCGCAGGUCCCCCUAACGUUUGUGGCAUGCAGGUGUUUCCAACGACCAGUUUCCUGAGUUUUUUAUUCCUUUCCGACGUGCGUUAUCCGCCAUUGCCGUCGCGCUUUCGAUUUAGAGCCCCUCGGUUCCUCAGCUUGCUUUUCUCAGGUGUGUUCGUGCACUCGACGUAAGCCUCAUGGUUCCCCUUGACCUUUGUAUUCCAUAGUUUUCUUCGCUUGCUGCUCGUCGUCUUUGCCAGUCUCCCCUCGGCACCCUUCAUCCCUUACGUCUCUUGUGUUUUUUCUCCCUUUCAACCGCUUCGCGUCUCGGGGCGAUCCCGGGGGUCGUCCCGGCUUCCCAUUCCGUUUUUCCUUGGCACGCUGUUUUCGGAUCUUUGCGUCCACCUGCGCCACAAUGGCAGAGUUGCCGCCACGCAGGCGACGCUCGUCGCUGAUUCGCCUAGAAGAAAACUGUGAUUCUUUGUCGGGAUUCGGUACUCGUCCUUCUCGCACUGCGCCGGUCCAUGCGGUUUCUCCCCGCGCCUCGCCUCUGCGCGAGGAGGCGGCAGUCUCCCCCACAAAGAACCGCGACCAAGAAGGCCUUUCCCCUCUUCAAGUCUCUCCUUCAACGAACCGCGUCCUAAAUACCCUCUGGGAUCCAGCUGGACGGGAGACCGAACCUUUCGGCGAUCUCGUUGAAAAGGGACGAACGAGAAGGGAGAGGGAAGAGCAAGACCGACGACAGAGCGAAGGCGAAAGGAGGCCUUACAGCACGGGCCGGAAGACACCGGAGGACGGGGGAGACGGGUGCUAUACCGCGCAUGCAGGCUACUCGCCGGGAAGUCUGUUUGCUUCUCCUGGCCUUCCUUUUUACAACGAGCGAGAACAAGAGACACGAAGAAGAGCCUCUAGACGCAUCGGGGCAGCUGGCGUCGACGCGCAGUUCUACGGAUCCAUUGGACAGCAACUCAGAGCUCUCCAGGUCGCGUGCGAUCGGCAGAAGGCUGAGGCACUCCGAGCUCCUGUUGAAGUUGCUUGCAGCGCCGAGGCGUCGAUGAUUUCUUUCGGGCGUUCCGUCGCUGGGACGUUAUCGGCUGCGUUGGGAUGUCCUCUUGUUUUCGUCUGCGCGUAUGAUAAAGAAACAGACGAGCUGUACUGUUGCUUCACAUCUCUUCCUCUUGGACUUCUCUGUCCACCCUCGUCGCCUGACUGCGCUCGUAGCCGGUCGCCGGCUUCGGGGGGCGCACUGGCCCUGGGCGUGGACUCAGAGGAGACAGCUCCGGCAGGCGCAGCGCGGCGUGAUGUGGAGACACUGGUGUCGCGAGAGUCUUCUCUUCAGACGUCUUCCCGCGUCUCCUCGCCCCUGCGUUUGCCGCCUUCGCACUUGGCUCGCGUCCCCUCGGAGACAGCUGCUGAGUGCAUCAGUUCUCACGAUCAUGACUCUUCAGUCGGCGUCUUUGCAGGCGCAUAUCCUCAACUGUCUCCUGCCUUGGUAUCUGUACCUCCUGGCCCGUCUGCUUACCUCUCCUCUCUGCCUGCUCAGCUCCGCCUCGCGUCGGCUAGGCAGAUGGGACUUGUCUCGUCCACGAGGCGCGACAGCAUGCAUGUAGGCGCGUCGCGUCUCGCUGCUGCGCAUGCGCCUGCAGAGACCGAGAGGAUGCAGGAGCUGCUUGAGGCUCCAACAUGGGAAGCGAAGAGAGAGAACGCGGAAGGGGAGGAGAAGAGAACAGAUCCCGAGGCCGUGGAGACGGAAGAAGUGACGAACACUGGAGACGAGGAGGCGAACAGAGGGCAUGAGAAGACGCGGGGGGUGUUGAAUAGAGUAAAGGACAAAUGGAAAGCGCAGAAGGAAACCAAGAAAGAAGGCGCAUCGGGGAGACCAGACAACCGCCAACUCCACGCGAUGGAGGGCGGGACCACGAAGGCCGCUCUCUCCUGCGUUUGGCCAGCAAGAAAAGAGAAGCAGCGAAGCGCAAGCGAACUUCAGCAAAGAGGAAGCAUGAGCAGUGUAGAUCUCGAGGAUGCGGAAGCAGACGGAGGGACUUAUGAGGGUCGUCAGCACACCGAGACAGGAGCGGAAGAAGAGGGCAGUGUUCUCUGCGGCCGUCUAGACAGUGCAGAAGAGGUCCUUGUUCACCAGCUUCAUCAGUUUCUUCGCUGGCGCUUCGUCGACGACCGGCGGGCGUCCAACACCGCGUCAUUCGCUUGGUCUGCGCCUCCGGAGCCUCAGACGGUGUCUCCGCGGAAGGCUGAGAGACAUUCGAUCCCGUGUCCGAGCGGCCGCGUCGCCGCUUCCCGCACCAGCUCUUUGGCUCCGCUGCCUUCGCCGGCCCGUCAGUCUGGCCUGGCGGGGGCGAUGAUGGAGCGUCAUCGAAAAGGUCCGCCUUCGCCCUUUCACAUCCCGCGCUGGGAGUGCGUUGCUCGCGCGACCUCGGUGCAGAGGCUUGAGGCCGAGGACCCAGGGACUCGGACCAGAUGCGGAGAAGGACGAGCAGCCUCAGACUCCCCGAGGAGACAAGCGCGAGUUUGUGAGUCGCCACUCGCCUCGCCGGAGGAGGAGCUGCCGGUGCCUCUUCGGUACGUCAGCGAACCGGUUUCCUGCGAUGACUCAUUCGACUCGAGGUCCUUGGAGGGACCGGAAGUACUCGUCCUCUCCCCCCAUGUGGGAUGCAUUGGCGAACUCUUUCAAAAUGCCAGCGCCAGAACAACGCAAACCUUUCUGUACAACCCUGAGUCGGACGCCAUCAUUUGGCCGCGUGCAGGUUUGCCUCCACCUCCUCCUGCGCGUUCUUUGCCACAGUCUUCCUCUGUACCCUUGGAGACCAAUGCAUGCGGGCGUGGAGUCUCCGGCUCUUCUUCCCCCACUCCGUCCUCUCCCUCUUUGACUUCGUCUUCCGCUUCUUCUGCCGCGGCUUCCUUCGUUUCGAUGCGUGAGCCGGCAGAUCAGCUGGCAGCGCAGGAGUCUGAUUUCCGCGCGAACGAUUUCCAGGAAGGAGCUGGCGUUCUUGAAGGGGCGACCGCGGGCGUUGAGAGGGCCAUAGACGCCGGCUGUGCCUCGUGCUCUCCACUUCGGCUGCUUGUGCGGCAGUUGAGAGAUCAAACAGGCAGCAGGCUCUGGGAGCUAAUGGAGGAGUCUCGCGUUGAUUACUCUUCUCCGUCAGAACGGAAACGCGGACCUGUGGCCGACGGACCCUUCGGUCGCAGGAGCGAGGCGCCGUCGAGUUCUUCGCUCCCGCGGAGUCUCGCACCCCACACGUCUCAUGCCGCCUCUCUUUCCUCGCUGCCCGCGGAAUCGACGCUCCCUCGCUCGGCGCGGAAGUCUCCUUCGUCGUCCUCGUCUUCUGCAGCCAGUGCCGAACGGGCUCCUCGCCGUAGCGCGCCGCCUGUCCCGCGCUCCCCAAGUGUCUCUUUUUCCCUGCCAGAGGCGAAGGAGACAGUCUCCGGAGUCGACGCGGGCGCGGCGGUGCCUGGCGAGCUCGCGACGCGUGCAGCGAGACCGAAUUUCCCCAUGGGCCUCCUCGUCUGCGUCCAGCCUCUCCACGCCGACUGCCAAGGCCAAGAGGAGCUGAUCGACGAAGUUGCCGACCGGAUCGAGCAACUGCUGCUCAGUGUGCUCUACGUCGAGUGGCUGAAGCGCGAAAGAACAAAGAAGGCCCUGCAACUCGAACUUCACCGAUCCGUCUUCCAGGAGGCGCUGAAUCCUAUCAAGACAGUCGAAAGGUUUUUGUCUCUUAUUCACACAACCCUCGGCGUGGAACAGGCUGCGUUCUUCAUCGUCGACGCCCAGAACAAUUCUUUCGUUUGUCUCGGCGGAGCUCUGAAAGCGCGCGGACUGACUCUCCCGUACUCUCACCCGCUUCUGGGGGAGGCAACUCGCCAGGGAGGAAGAAUUGCCAUCUGCAACGACGUUCCUCCGUGUAUGAACGGAGAGUACGACGACCUCGCCCGUAUUCGAACGCAGUCGGCAAUGGUCGUUCCCCUGCUGAAUGCCCAGGGAUUCGUCAAAGGCGUUCUUUUGUUGAUGAAUCGAUCUGCAUGUGCUCUGGCUCACUCCGGAGGGCCGUCUUGUCUCUCGGCUUCUUCGGGGCUCGCUUCGCGGUGCUUCACUCCGCCGUCCACCGCGCCUCCACCGCGACCUCCUCUCAGACACGCGGCCUCGUCGCCUCUCUCUCUCUGUCGCCAUCAGAACUCUGGAGUUUCGUGCUCCUCUUCGCCUGCCCUUUCCGCGUCGCCGUUCUUUCUCCGAUCUGUCCCCCGCGCGCCAUCUUUCCAACUUUGCGGAGCUCUCUCAGAGACUGUCUCUUUCCAAGUGCCGCGCGGCUCUUCUCCGAGGGCGAAGCCGAACCUUCGAGGCCGCUUGGGCUCCAGUGACGAGCCGACCGGAGGCCGCGAAGAACGCGGUCGCACCCGCGGAGACAGAAGGUCCGAACGAGACCGAAGCGGCGCAUGCCUCUGUGCUCUCUGCAGUCCGGCAGCGAGACAGCAGCUGUCUUACGGAGACCAGCUCCUGCAAACUCUGACGGUUCCGAAUGAACUCAAGGUUUUCAGAAAAUUCACGAGAGAAGACGAAGUCUUUCUGCGGUGCAUCCAGUGCGAAAUUCAAAACGCCCUAGGGGGCGCUCUGACAAACGUCUGUGUGGCGGGGAUGACUUUGCUGAAGCCGAUGGUCACGAUGGUCUCGUACGUCGUCGCCGAGCCGGACAGCAGCGUCAUCUUUCGGUCGCAGACAGGUGCCGACCAUGUUCUGGCGGAGAUCAAGACGAUCGUCGAGGAAGACAAGCGGCAGCUUCUCCGUCGUCUUCGUCGCUGUCAGUCUCUGGCGCCCAGCAUGGACGAGCUCGGCAGUCGGUCGCUUCCUUCCUGGUCGUCUUUGACGGACUUGAAGAGGAACGAAGCAGCGGAAAAAAGCCGGAAACCUGGGGACGGCGAGCCGCCAGCGGAGCUCGGGAGGGGCAGAAAUCGAGAGCGCGCCGCGAUUGUCGAGGACUCCAGACUGAGGCCGGUGUCUCCUCCGUUCCACGGUUUUGAGGCGAUGGCGCAGCGCAGAGGCCGCGAAAGGGAGAACGACAGGAGGAGACGGGAGAGAGACACCGGGGGAGCGAAAGACUCGGAAGAAGAGAAACAGAGACGCUCUACGGUCUCAGGUCCUCGCCCCGAUGGCGUCGGCGACGCGUUGGGGGAAAAUUUGCUAGCAACGCGUCUGUCGCCUAUGAGGCCUCUUGGUCCUUUCGGAGAGUCUCCGGGGGACGGCCGGGCGUCGGCGCGAGGGCCUAGCGACGCAGGUCCGUUUUCGUUGCCUUCUUCGUACUCGGUGGACACAGAAGAAGAGUCGCUGUCUUCGCCGGUGUCUCGGCCGAAUCGCUCUGAAGCCGGUGACAGCCCCCCCUUGGUUUCGGGGAUUCGUCGGAAGCGCGAGAAGCCUGGCCUACUGACUCUGCAGAGCAUGGGCGACUUCUGUCGGAGACAGGGCCGCGAGCGCGAGGAAGAAGACGACCGAAGUGUCUCUUCGAGCGCCAACUGGUGGCGAGAAGAAGGGGGGCGAAGCGGGGACUUGACCGGGCGCGGCAACAGCGACGAGAUGCUCCGAGUUUGUUCGGUCUCCUCCGCUGAAGGGAAAGAAGACGGCCAGGAAGAAGAGGGUGAAGGCGGGGGACAAGGAGACGCGAAAACAGACCAAGACGCCCUCGACGGGGCUCACGACCAGGUGCCGGGCCGCAAGGCGAAAAGCCACGCUGAGGCAUCAACGCAUGCGCAUGCAUACAGAAGAAAAGGCCUCGACGGCAGCCGCCAAAUCGCGCGAACGUUCGGCUCCUCUGAAGACCGUUUUUCCCCUGCAUGUUGGAAGGGAUUAAAGAGGCGAAAACGUGCCUCUUCCGUCCCCAGUCUUGUCUUCUCCGCCGCCCUCGAAAAAUGCGAAAGACACAUGAAAGCCAUCCGGAAAGACCUCGUCUUGGCGCAGUUUCGGGGCUGGAAUCUGGACAUUUGGCGGCGCAACAGCAGCGAAAUGGAAAUUUUCUUUUUGCUCGCUCUCGACGAUCUGGGACUGCUGGAGCGGAGAGAGGAGAAGAAACUGCGGCAUUUCUUUGCCAUCAUUCGCGACGGGUAUCACACAGAUAAUCCGUACCACAACUUCUACCACGCUAUCCAUGUGUUCCAGGUCUGCUGGAUGUUUCUCUCCGCCUACGGAUGCCGCAAUAUCCUCAGCCCCAUUGAGCAACUUGGGAUCCUUCUUGCAGCUUUGUGUCACGACGUAGAUCACCCGGGGGUGAACAAUGCCUUCCUUCGAGCGAGUCUCCACCCUCUGUCGAUCAUGUACAACGACAAGUCUGUUUUGGAGAACCACCACGCGGCGUUCGCCAUCCGAACAAUGAUGCAGUUGGGCAUGUACGGCGCAGGGUCGCGAAUCUUUCCGUCGGGCAGUGGCGCUGCGGCGCCCGCGUCUCCAGACGGGAAAUCGGGCUCUUCUGGUUCUCGAUUCGAAGGACGCAUAGUGCCCUCAUUUUCAGAACUGCGAAAGAUCGUGAUUCAAGCGAUCUUCUCCACAGACAUGGAACUGUUCAGACAGCACCACGACGCUAUGAAGCGUCGCGCGCAGAUGAAGACGAACGACCGCGAAGAACUGGAAGGAGAAGACGACCGGAACUUGUUGGUCACGUGUCUGAUCCACUGCGCGGAUAUCUGCAACCCUGUCAUGAGCGAAGGAAGAAACGUUCAGUGGGCCUCCCUGGUUACUCAAGAAUUCAAUGCACAAGUCGACCUCGAAAGACGAUACGGACUCCCCGUGUCUGUCUUCAUGGAUGCCCGCACAGAGCUGCAAAGGACGCAGUCCCAGAUCGGCUUUCUAUCGUUUGUCGUCCUCGACCAAUUUCGCGCCCUCGCCGACCUCAUCCCAGAAGUCUCCGAAUUGGUCGUUCAAGGCGAAAAAAAUCUGGAGAUGUGGCAGAGAGCGCUCGAUACUCUUAAGGCAGCGGCGGAGGCCGAAAAAGCCGGAGAACGGUAUGAAGAUCUUCCGAGCAAUUUUUCGUUCCGACUUAAGGACCUGAAAUUCGUGGAUAUGCGGGGAGUGAAAUGCUUUGGCUUCAUUCAAUGCGAGGAGUUCGACGGCUAUCGACCGCCCAGCUUGGACGUAUAGACGCCAAGGAACGGCGCAAGGUCGGAGCGCGUCAACGAGAAAGAAGAAUGGCAGAUGGAGAGACAGUGUGUGAAAUAAGGCACUGUGUCCUCUGUUCAUAUUUGAUUUCCUCUUUCGGAGACAUGCAGUCAGUGUUUCCCUUGUUAUGUACUUCUUAAACGAUUCUGUUCGGUGAUUUGCGUUCCGCAUUCAGCUCAAAGGCGCAAGGCGCGUUUGAUAAGACAAAUUAUAUGGAGAUCGAUUUCUAAGUGCACAUUCCCGUAACUCAGAAGCUGGAAAAAUGCACGUUGAUCCUCCGGCAGGAACAGUUGUGAACAUUCAGAACUGUCACAAACUGAUUCAUUCAAAUAGGGACUUAACGUGACGGUGUCCCAUGCGCACGCCUAGGCAACGAACGGGCCGACUGAAAGCACGGA